GCUACCAUGAGUGAGAGCAAAAGCAACAAACACGAGAUUCGACUCACGAGGAGCUAUUGUAAUGAUCAGCUACAGAACGUAACCAUAUGUGGUAUAUCUGAAAGAAUAAACUUAGAAUCACAAAAAUGAGCAGGCAUCAAAAGGUUGUACGAAAUGACCAGGCAGAUUUGACAACGAAUCACAUAGAACUGUCAACAGAGAUGGGAACUUUCAGACCUAGAGAAAGUCAGCAAGGUGGGAAGGCUCUGGCUUUGAGUCUCCCCCUGCCGCUUCCCCCUGUUUCUGCAGGGGGUCCCCAAAUCCUGAAGGGCUGUGCUACCCCAAAUGUCUGCCACCUGCAAGUGAACACCACCCUGGGCCCAGAAGCGUCUGGAUUUCGUCUCGUCAGCCAGCCUGAAUGCAACUAUGUGGUUACACCCACCCUGCCAGGUCCCCCUGCAAACACAUCUCUGACCACGGACGGGGUCACUGUCUGUGUCACCUGCUCAGGACUCAAUACUUGUGACGCUGUCCUCUGCCCAGCAGAUCGGAACUACUGCCUUCAGACAGCAGGCAUCCUAGCCUUAGGGAAAGGUGACUCUGUCGUCUGGAGAAGCGGCUCCUGUGUGGCCCUCAGGGACUGCCUAUUUGGCAGCUCGGUCUCUGCCUUCACCUCCAGCGUGGACUUUGGCUUCCAGAUCAACUCCACCUGUUGCCAAGGCAACUGCCAAGCACUCACUCCUCCCGAAGGGGUGCCAGCCUCACACCCCCUGAGCGGGUUCCUGUGUCCUACAUGUCCUAACGGCCACCCGGGGCCCUGCAAUUCCUCCUUCUACGUGCAGUGUCCCGUCGGGGAGACUGAGUGUGUCCAGCUGGACCUGCUGUCUACAGAAGGCAGCCAGAACGUGACCCUGCGCGGCUGCGGCUCCCAAAACCUGUGCGGGGUCCCCGACGCCACCGCCAAGGCGCUGCUGACGUUCCCCGGCCACCGGCUGGCCCACCAGCCCCACUGCAGCACCAGCCGGCGCGCCAUCCUGGAAUCCGAGUGCCCCUCUGGCGCGCCGCCUGGCCUCCGCCUCGCCCGGUCCGUGCUGCUGGUGGCCCUGGGCUUCCUGGCCCUCUCCUGAGCAGUCCCGCCUCCACCCUAACCCUCCACCACCCUCGCCCCGCAGCCGCUCAACCCCGCUUGCUUCCCACCUCGCUAGAGGGCGCCCUGGCUCCCCUCCCCUUCCCCGUUUCUAGGCCUGGAAGCUUCUGGUGAGAAAAGUCAGAAGGACUGAGCCUCCUCCCUCAGGCUAAGGGCUUCCCCAGGGCAAGUCCUCUUUCUUAACACCAGGGUCCCAAAGGAUGUAGCUCCUCCCUCCUACUAGGCUGUACUUCUCAGACCUCAGACUAGAGAGGCCUCCGCGGACACACAAUCUUCAUAUGGGGGGGGGGGGGCAAAGACUAAGCCUCUUUCCUCAAACUAGGGGGUCUCCAACACCUGGCCAUUCCCUUAGACUAGGGCUGUGUCUGUUUUCCUGAACAUUGGGAAACAGCCCCUUCUGUCUUCCUCUUUAGGGUUUAGCAAAGUCCUGGGCAGCCAAGAUGGGGCUUCAGGACCAAAUACACCCCCUUCCCAGGCUUGUACAGCAGCCCAUUCUAUCCCCACCAGGGGCCCUCUUCUAUCUGGGUUCAGCCUCCCCUCUGUAACCAAAUCUGAAUGAACCGCAUCCCA